AUGCCCACGUGUCCGGUCAGCAUGGCAUAUGGACUGUCGGUCGGCUUCGUGAUCCUCUGGCUGCUGCAGAUUGCGCAUACGCAGCGUGGUCCGGUCGAGCAUAUCGAGUUUUACAACGAUUACGGCCAAAAUCAUGACGAGGAACGGCUCCACUACUCACAUCAGUAUCAUAUUUCUGAUCUGGGCAGUCAGGUGCACAUCCUGCACCGAGAGCAGCGGCAUGGAGACCACGUCUCUGGAUCGUACGCCCACCUGGAACCCAAUGGACAUAUACGGAGUGUGCACUACGAGGUGCGGGGACCUAACCAGGGAUUCAAGGCCGUCGUUGAGCAGCGAACCGGGAACAGUCGGGUGCAUCAGGCGUUGGAAUUCCGGAGCAGGCAACCGAUCCGGGCUCUGGCCCUGGCCGAGCCUGUGGCAUUUGUGAUUUAA